UUCUCUGGCAGCACUCAGCUUUUUUGGCAGGAGUGACCAGAAUAAAAACAGCAACACCAGACAUAGAAGAGAAAAAAGUGCAAUGAUCCAUCGAACCAAAGGCUUUGCCCUUUCCUAAUUACGUCGUGUCCAGUAUCAUUUUCUUUUUUCCUCCCCUCUUCAUUUUUUUGAGACAUUUUUGAAGUGGUAAUUAGCUCUUGGAGAAUAAAACCAGCUGAUUCGGGGAGGGCCAGUGCAUUUUGGGACGAGAUGGCUAACAGGAGGGUUGCGUUGCUCCUUCUCGGAUUCAUCCUCAUCAUACAGCUGAGUCCUUCACUCCAAGGAGGGGUGUAUGUGCCACCGGGUUCAGCUGGAGCAGGACCAGGAGGUGCUGGAUUGCUACCAGGUGCUGGAUUUUACCCAGGCGCUGGGGUGUCCCAAUACAAAGCAGCAAAAGCAGCAGCAGGAGGAUAUGGAGGUGCUGCUGGGACUCAGACAGGAGCUUUAGGGGUUGGAGGUUAUGGAGCUGGUGGUUAUGGGGCUUAUGGUGCAUAUGGUGGUGCUGGAAGAUUGUACCCAGUGGCUGGAGGUCUGAAACCGGCUAAACCAGGUGCUGGGUUACCUGGAGGAGGUCUUCCUGGAGGAGGUCUGCCUGGAGGAGGUCUUCCUGGAGGUGCCGGUGGAAAGCCUGCUAAAGGAGGUCUUGUCAUUCCUCAGACCGGGGUACAAGGACUGGGCCCUGGUGGGGUUGGACCUGGGGGAAAAGCCGCAAAGCCUGGAAAAGCUCCAGUGCCGGGAGUGGGAGUGCCUGGACCUUAUCAAGGAGGACUUGUUCCUGGACAAGGCUUCAAUGGGCGGGGUGUUCUUCCUGGUGUAGCCACAGGAACUGGACUCAAACCUAAAUCAGCUGCUGGUGGAGGGCAGGGUCUGGUACCAGGUGGUGGUGGGCGUGGAUAUGGACCACUGCAACAAGGAGUAUUUCACGGAUACCCUCUCAAAUCUCCCAAAGCCCCAGGUGCUGGGUUACCCUACACUGGUAGUAAACUUCCUUACGGUUAUGGUGGUUUUGGUGGAGGUGCUGGACUCCCUGGUGGGAAAGGUGGAGCUGGCUCCAAGCCCGGUUAUCCAACAGGGACUGGUGUGGGGACUUUAGGUGUCUCUGCUGCUCAGGCCAAAGCUGCUAAAUAUGGUACUGGAGCUGGUUUAGGUGGGGCUGGAGCUUUUCUGGGUGGUGCUGGUGGACUUUACCCUGGCAUAGGAGCUGGUUUAGGUGGUGUUGGAGCAGGUGGUGCUGGUGGAGUUUACCCAGGGGCAGGAGGUGCGGGUGUUCUUACUCCAGCUCAAGCUAAAGCAGCUAAAUAUGGUUUGGGUGGGGCAGCUGGAACUGGUGUUGUUCCCGGUGUUGGAGGACUGUACCCUGGAGCUGGAGGUGCACCAGUCGGUGGAGUAGUGGGGGGAGCCGGGGGGAUUCCAGGAACAGCUCCAGGAGCUGGAGUGUAUCCAGGUGGAGUGAAGCCUCCUAAAUAUGGAGGGGCCGGUGUUGUCCCAGGCUACGGUUCUGUUGCUGGGUUCGGAGGAGUUCCUGGAGCUGUGCCUGGGGCUGGAGGGCUAGGAGCUGGCGCCAAACCUCCUAAAUAUGGAGUGCCUGGAGGAACAGGUUUGGGGUCCCCGGAGGAGUACCCGGAGGAGUACCAGGAGGAGUACCAAUAACUGGAGCAGGAGGAUACCCUGCUGGCGCCAAGGCUCUAAAAUAUGGUUUGGGUGCUGGUGGUGCUUUACCAGGUGGGACUGGUGUUGUGCCUGGAACAGGUUUGGGUGGAGCUGGUGGAGUCCCAGGUGGAGUUGGAAUAGGAACUGGAUAUGGAGGAUAUGGGACUGGGGCAAAACCACCUAAAUAUGGAGUACCAGGUGGAGUACCAGGUGGAGUACCAGGUGGAGUACCAGGUGGUGUACCCGGUGGUGUACCCGGUGGGUAUCCAGCAGGAGUUAAACCUCCGAAAUAUGGAGUUGCGGGAGGUGCAGGUACAGUACCUGGUGCAGCAGGAGCACCACUGCCUGGAACUGGGACAGGACUGACACCAGGAGCCGGGGUUGGAGGAUAUCCUGGUGGAAUCAAACCUCCUAAAACUGG